UACAUCCUUUCACUAUAUAUAUUCAUUAUUUAUAUAAAUUCAAAACAUUCUUGGUUUCUUUUAGUGUCUCGUUACGAAAUACAUAAAUAAAUUAAAUUAAUUCAUUACAAUAUAAUGGCUGCAUCAAAGAACCAAGUAGUGUUUCAAGAUCAUUUGCCUUUAAUUGAGGAAAAGCUAGGUGGGGAUGGUUUGAUAGGAGAAUUAUGUAAAGGGUUUCGAUUAUUGAUGGAUGUCGAAAAAGGGGUGAUCACAUUCGAUAGUUUAAAAAGAAACUCGACGUCGGUUUUGGGACUUGAAGAUUUUAGUGAUGAGGAUUUGUUGAGUAUGUUGAGAGAAGGAGAUUAUGAUGGUGAUGGUGCACUUAAUCAAAUGGAGUUUUGUGUUCUUAUGUUUAGAUUAAGCCCUGAUCUUAUGAAUCAAUCCGAGUUUUUGUUACAAGAAGCUCUUGAACAAGACUUGAAGAAUAAAUUCACUUAAACAAUUAUAGUCAUGUAAUCGGCCUUUUCUUUUUUUUUUGGUUUUAACUUCUGAUUUGAUUUUUGAUCUUUUUGGAUUGAUUUUAACUUUAAUAUGUAGUUGAAUAUUAAUUGUUGAAUAAUUUGGUCAAUGUUAUUCGUA